UUCAGAUUUUCUCGAAGAGGAGAUGGUGUUCUUGUCUUCGUUCAAUCCACUUUUUCCAUACCCAAAAUUUUCCUGCCAUACAUGAUAAUUACAGAAUCCGACAAUUACCCAACUAAAUUCACAUCCGGUUCCAUCGAAACCCUCUCAAAGAGUUGUUGUCUUGGUCCUUCUAUGAACUGCUACAGCUUAUCCUCUGUAGUCUGUACUAUAACGUAGCUUCAUUCUUUUCCCUUAAUUCCUUGGAAAAUUCUCGACACUCAUGGCUGCUGUUCUUAGAUCUAAACCCUCCAAAGAAACGGUCUCUCAAUUUAGGUACUUCGUGUUCAAUCACAUGCACGCGGGUCGGAUGGCAGGCUCUCACUCCGUGCACCGCACCAAAUGGGACGACCGCUUCACUAGUGCUCCCUACCACUUCACCUCUUUCAAGCCCGUCUCGUUACGCGGUGAACUCGUCGAAAAGGGUACACAAUUCAUUGAGAGCGGCAGGGUUACAUUGAGCUCUUAUGGGGAACCACCGGAGGUUUGGCAGCCUCCUGGGGAUGUAAUCUCGGUUCGUAUGAGCGAUUCAGGUGCUAGUCUGGUUCGUGAAAGAAGAACGAGCACCGGGUCUGGAGGAGGGUUCGGGUCGAAUUCAAAGGAUGAGUGUUGGGGUGGGUCAACUUUGGCGAAUGGUUUUCCAACGCCAAAGGAGAUUUGUAAGGGACUGGACAAGUUUGUUAUUGGACAGGAGAAGGCAAAGAAGGUGCUCUCUGUGGCAGUUUACAAUCACUAUAUGAGGAUAUAUUAUGAAUCAAUGCAAAGGCCUGCUGGUGAAUCAGGUAAGGAGAAAGCGGAGGCUAUAGAUGAUGAUAAAGUUGAGCUUGAGAAAAGUAACAUUCUUCUGAUGGGGCCAACAGGCUCAGGGAAAACAUUACUCGCAAAAACCUUGGCAAGGUUCGUGAAUGUACCCUUUGUUAUUGCAGAUGCAACUACAUUGACUCAGGCAGGAUAUGUGGGGGAAGAUGUAGAGUCCAUAUUGUACAAGCUACUUGUGGUUGCUGACUAUAAUGUGGCUGCUGCCCAACAAGGCAUUGUCUACAUUGAUGAAGUUGACAAAAUUACCAAAAAGGCUGAAAGCCUUAAUAUUAGCAGAGAUGUCUCCGGGGAGGGUGUUCAGCAGGCAUUAUUGAAAAUGCUGGAAGGAACUAUUGUUAACGUUCCAGAGAAGGGAGCUCGAAAGCAUCCUAGAGGUGACAAUAUUCAGAUCGAUACAAAAGAUAUUCUCUUCAUUUGCGGAGGUGCUUUCAUCGACUUGGAUAAAACAAUUUCUGAAAGGCGUCAAGAUUCUUCUAUUGGGUUUGGUGCUCCAGUACGUGCAAAUAUGAGGGUGGGUGGCAUUACCAAUGCUGCUGUUACUUCAUCUUUGUUGGAAACUGUUGAAAGUAGUGAUAUGAUUUCAUAUGGUUUGAUACCUGAAUUUGUUGGAAGAUUCCCCGUUCUUGUCAGCUUAUCAGCUCUUACUGAGAGUCAACUUGUUCAGGUCCUGACUGAGCCUAAAAAUGCCUUGGGGAAACAAUACAGGAAGAUGUUCCAAAUGAAUGGCGUGAAGCUGGACUUUACUGAGAACGCUUUAAGAUUAAUUGCAAGAAAAGCAAUAAGCAAAAAUACGGGGGCUAGGGGUUUGCGGUGUAUAUUAGAAACUUUAUUGAUGGACGCAAUGUAUGAGAUUCCUGAUGUCAGAACAGGUGAUGAUAUAAUAGAUGCUGUUGUUGUUGAUGAAGAGGCUGUUGGAUCCGAGGGACAUGGUAGUGGAGCUAAAAUUCUUUAUGGGAAAGGGGCAUUGGAUCGUUAUCUUUCCAAACAAAAAUUAAAAGACGAGGCAACUGUAGAGAGGUCUGAGGGUGAACCUGAAGUCGAACCAGAGCUUCAAACUGUAGUAGCUAGCAUGUAGCAUCGCGGUUGAAUUUUAUCGUGUAGUCUCAUCAUCCUUGUACAUAAUAAGUUCACAUUAAUUUAGUAAUGUGAAUGUGCAAUUAUAGGCAUUGUACAAUUCCUGAUAUGAUUAAUCAAACUGGGCAGCAGCAAAUCCCAGCAAGUAUACGGAUGUAUCAAUGGGCAAUAGUCUACCUUUUGAGGAUGAAAAUUUCAUCGAGCAAAAUACGGUGAAGUCUGCCAUGAAGGCUCUUUUGAGCUUUUCUUGCCAGUUUCUAAUGCAUCAUCUGAUGAAAACUCUUUAUGUUCGAUUGAUCUUUUACUUGAGACUAUUUUCAGUCAAAAGUUUAUAUUUGUAUUGGGAUGCAUAAUUAUGAAGUCCAAAAGGCCAGGUAGCACUCAAUCAUGGUUGCACAUUAGAUGCUAUAUUUUUUAUGAUUACUACAUUGCAUUUCUUGAUAGAUGAGAUCAUGGUUUGUACA